AUAAAAAUUUCUCUAAUGAGUGUAACAGAUGUUCAGUUACAAUUCCAUAAUCGCAGUUUUAACGCAUGCAAAAUUGAUUUAUUUAUUAAGUAACAGAAUAAAUAAUGACCGAAUUGCAUUUAAUUACAACUCUGAAAUAUAAUUUUUUCUUAUGAUACCGAAGCAGGAAGUUUCUUCCACUUUUAAAUACUAAUGUUGACGCUGAGUUGUGUUUACGGAAUCAUUAUGAGAGCCACCUUGAUCAAGUUGAAGAUGGAAAAAAAUUCGAGAGGGAGCAAAGCUGCCAGUUAUUCUCGGUGCCUUCAAGACAGUCCUUUAAGAAACUCGAAAUGGAUCCUACAGGCCCUACAAGAUGUUCGAAACAAAUUUCAGCACAGCGACGAUUUUUCCAAUGGGCUGUCAAAUGGUUUUACACGGAAUAUGUUGAAGAUACAUCCAUUAAGCCUGAUGUUCCAACCCUGGCUUGUCUCUUGAAAGCUACAGGAUUUCAAUUAAUACAGUAUGAAAAGCAAAACGAUCAUUUAGAGGAUGAGAGACCAAAGAUGGAUAGUAUUAGAAUUACGAUCGAAUGUGGUACAUCUAAUAUGAAAGCGAUUUUAGAAAUGAAUGACGUUAAGUGUCAAUGUCCUGCACAUGAGAAUGCUAACGAUGGAUCCUUUUGGUGUAUCAGUGGUUUGGGACCUGCAGUCAGUACGGAUAGUAUCAACAAAGUUGAAGAGACUGGAAGUACGUUGCUGCCUCAAGUGCCAAAAGAAAUAAAUGGUAUCAUCCGGGACAUAUCCUUUCGCCUCUUUAAGAUGAUUAACAACAAGUCAGAUGUGAAUCAGAAUUCUGAGUCGGAUUUGAAUCUCUCAGCUAUUGGUGAUAGUGCUAAAUCGAAAGUUCCCGAGAUAAAAGAUUUGGGUAUUUUUCGACAUCAUACUCAGCCUGAAUUGAAUACCUCGAGAUCAUUGGAUGCUUUAAAUACAAUAGGAAAGGAAGCUGUUAAAGUUUCACAGAAUGAAAAAUCUAUGAAAGAACUACCUUCCAGAAUGUCCCGUUCAAGUCCUGAACUACACAAACCUAAGGAUGCUUCCUAUACAAAGGUUGAGGCAAGUGAGAACAAAAUUCCAGAUAUCGUUAUCAUUGGUUCUUCACCUUCAUUGCCGAUACGCAAACCAUUGUUGAAACAGGCAACCUAUGGCAUUGAUGUUGAUACACAGAGCAUGGAUAGUGAACCCCGUGCAUCUCCACCAAAGAUGUGUAGCUCUCCUGUGCUAAAUGAACUGUGUAACUCUUUAGACCAAAUAUCAAUGCACAAUGAUGAAGAAAAUGUCAUUUUAGCGAAAUUUUUACUAAGAGCUCAUCAGAAUAUGGAAAAAGCUAUGAAAAUGUUACUAAAUAGGAUACCAAACUUAGAUGUUUCCAUUCAAGAUUCAGACGUCUUUGACAAGCCAAUGCCUUUACGCAGCUCCAGUUUCCGUGUAAGUCCAAGUGAUACAGAGUCUCGUUCAGGGUCUAGUUGUUCGGUGCCAAAUCAACCUACAAACAUAUUAUCCACUAUGCAAAAACCAACACCACGUAGGAGUAUCAGUGGCAAUGCUCUGAAAACUGCCCAGAAGCCCACACCAACAACUCCAAAACUUCUCUCUUUACGUCGUCGAAGUUUUGGCAAUCCUUCAACGAGUGCUUUUGCAAAAUUCUCAAUCCCUGCAACAAAUGCUUCGAAAACUGCCAAUACUUUGAUGUUACCUGCCAAGAAAAGCGCAAAUGAAAGGGUCUCUCUCACUGCAGAGAGGCGAGUUUCACCAGAACUAAAGCCUAAUCUAUCACGAACUUACAAUCCAGAUGAAACUAUAAACUUGUCACUAUUAAAAGCGCCUGCUAAAGUACCCAGGGCUUUGAAUGUAUCGGUAAAGCCCAAGUCUUCUACUCCGGUAACAAGUGGAACACCGAGACAUUCCACUGUUAGUAAACCAUACGUGGGAACACCUCGUCCAUCUCUUCAGAUUUCCAGGUCACAUGGAGAGCCUAAAUCUUCAACAUCGACCGGAACAUCUAAACCAGCUCCCACAGCUCCAUCAAAGUACGGAUUUGGAAGGAAGAAACCUUAAAGAGUUUCGGCCUAUCCUACAUCUUAAACGUUACAUGUUUCACUGGAUACAAACUUUUUAAUUUUACGUUGACAUGUAAACAUGUCAACGUAAUUAAUCGCGUUAAGUAUUUCCACACGAGAUCUAUUACAUAUUUUGUGUAUUUAUAUGAAUUAUUUUUUAAUGCAUUUUGAGCUACAUUGAAUAUUCUCCUACAUUUUCCCCCACCAGACCUAGCAAUUGAUUCGACACCGGAACGAGGAAAAACAACAUAAUUACAAUUUUAUUACCAUACGAUAAUGUGAGAAACUUUUCCUAAUGAUAUUUACUUCUUGCAGUGUAUUACUUAUUGUAGAGUAAAAACUACUUCUUUUGUUCCAUUUGUUAUCGCAGAUUUAAUUCACACACUUUAGUACUUAUUUUAGAAUAAAAAGUAAUGAAUUAUA